AGACGCCAAACCCGCAGCUCAGUUGAUCGGUGCGUGUCCGUAGGAAAUGUGCUCUGUGGAAAGCCUACUGCACCAACAACAUGGCUAACGUGGUGUGCACUCUGUUCGCUUUGGUGUUCCUGCUUGCUGCUCCCCAGUCGGUCGAUAUGCGACUGUUUAGCAUCGACUACGAUAACGACACCUUCGUGAUGGACGGUAAACCCUUCCAGUACGUGGCCGGCUCGUUCCACUACUUUCGCGCCCUGCCCGAGAGUUGGCCAUCCAUCUUGCGGUCGAUGCGCGCCGCCGGCCUGAAUGCAGUUACGACGUACGUCGAAUGGUCCCUGCACAACCCAAAGGAGGAUGUGUACAACUGGCAGGGAAUGGCGGACAUCGAGCACUUCCUCGAGCUGGCCGAUAGCGCCGGCCUGUACGUUAUACUACGCCCGGGACCGUACAUUUGUGCCGAGCGCGAUAUGGGCGGCUUCCCGUCCUGGUUGCUGCACAAAUAUCCCGACAUACUGCUCCGCACGAACGAUCUCAGGUAUCUGCGGGAAGUACGCACCUGGUACGCACAGCUGCUGUCUCGCGUCCAGCGGUUUCUCGUCGGACAGGGUGGUCCCAUCAUAAUGGUACAGGUCGAGAACGAGUACGGCUCGUUCUAUGCGUGCGAUCACAAGUACCUCAACUGGUUGCGUGACGAGACGGAGCGAUACGUGAUGGGCAAUGCGGUCCUCUUCACCAACAAUGGGCCCGGGCUGGAGGGAUGCGGCGCAAUCGAGCACGUUCUAAGCUCGCUCGACUUUGGACCCGGAACAGAGGAUGAAAUUAAUGGAUUUUGGACCACGCUGAGAAAAACGCAACCCAAGGGCCCGUUGGUAAACGCGGAGUACUAUCCCGGCUGGUUGACGCACUGGCAGGAACCGCAUAUGGCCCGCACGGACACCAAACCGGUCGUUGACAGUCUGGACUUUAUGCUGCGGAGCAAUGUCAACGUAAACAUCUACAUGUUCUUCGGCGGGACCAACUACGGGUUUACGGCUGGCGCCAACAACAUGGGCGCAGGAGGAUACGCAGCCGAUCUUACCUCGUACGACUACGAUGCACCGCUCGACGAGUCCGGCGAUCCAACGCCCAAGUAUUUCGCCCUGCGAGACACAAUCUUGAAGUACUUCCCCAAGCCCGAUCUGCCCGUGCCGAAACCGACUAACAAAGUGCAACUCCCACCACUGAACAUGACCCGUCUGGGCAGUCUUCUCGACCCAUCCCUGCUGGAACGGCUCGCCACGCAAACGGUCACCUCCCGACUGCCCCUGUCGUUCGAGGCACUGAAUCAAGUGUCGGGGCUCGUGCUGUACGAGACGCUCCUACCGGACGACAUCAGGACGGACCCACGUAAGCUGAUCGUCGAAGGUGUGCACGAUCGGGGGUACGUGUUCGUGGGCGAACAGUUCGUCGGUGUACUAUCGCGCGAAAACCAAAUCAACACGCUGCCGCUCGCCCUGGACGCUGGCCAGACGCUGCGCAUCGCCGUCGAGAACCAGGGCCGUAUCAACUUUGGCAUUGCGAACGAUGGUAAAGGCAUCCUCGGGAGCGUGUUCGUCAACACCCGGCAGCUGUACAACUGGACGAUGUACGGGCUGCCGCUGAGCGACUUUAAGCCCAUCGUCCACGCGAUUAGGCACCACCGGAAGCAUCAGCACCGUGUACGCAGGGCGUCACAGAUAGCCGGCACGCCAAUGUCCCUGUACUAUGCGAUAUUCGACAUCGAGGGACAGCUGGCGGACACCUAUCUCGAUCCGACCGGAUGGGGCAAGGGCGUCGUGUUCGUCAACGGGUUCCUGCUCGGUCGCUACUGGCCCACGGUGGGGCCACAGGUUACGCUGUACCUUUCGAAGCAUUUGCUAACGCAAAAGAACAACUACCUGGCGGUGAUCGAGUAUCAGAAGGAGUUUGGUGACUCGAUACCGCCGCUCAAGUUCUCGGCAACUCCUUCGUUUAACUGAGCGCGUUGUUAUCGUGCUGCAAUCGUGGUUCUAUCUUAUCGUCUGUGCGCAUUUCCAAGUCGAUCGACCUGGUUUCGAUACCGAAUUGUAGCGCAGCACUAUUACAAAACGCGUCUCCCACUUAAGCCAUAGAGCCGCCUCUUAAGUAGCCGGGUGUGUAAGUAAGUAGGUUUAUCGUACACACCAACGACCCAAACAAACCCACUCUUUUGUUGACAUACAAUGUAAAAAAAUAUAAAGCGUUCUUCCGCCAACAAAA